AAUAAUACUGAAAGCAUCGGGAUCGAAGAACAUCACAACAUCACAAUCGAAAAGAUACGGCAUCUCGUAUCUACGGUUCUCUCAACCAAGCUCUAACUGUCUUUGCAACUUGCCAAAAUUGUGAUAGCGCCAACCUUUACAAUGUCUUGCUGUUCUCAUCGCUUCUGGAGCAUUGCCAUCGUAGCUAUUGCAGCGAUGGCUGCCUGUAUGCCAAUGCUYAUGUCUGCUUUGCUAAAACAUAUGUUCACAGCACCCGGACAAGAACCAUGGCCACACGGAUCACUUCGUCUUAUUAAUUGCGGUGGUAUUCCGGCACAGCCCUUGAACAGCGCAGAGCGCAUCGAAGCAUUACGAGCUGACUUUGUUCAUAAGGACGAAGAUGUUUGGAUUGUCAGUUUCGUCAAAUCUGGUACUACGUGGACGAUMGGGAUUCUUGCGGCACUGUAUGAUCAUCCUGCUGCUGUCUAUAGUGGAAAUCUACAGAAGAUGACACGGACCUUUUGCCCCCAGCCAGAGCUUCCAGAUUUAGGAUGGGGAGACGACGGCUUUGGCCAUUCCAUGGAAGAACUAAAUUCAUGGUCAUCCAAACGUCGCUGUUUCAAAUCGCAUUGGCCAAGCCAAGACUUCGURUUGCCAAAUGGGAAAUCUAAAUUCAUUUAUGUGAUGCGGAAUGCUCAAGAUCAAAUGAUAUCGCAUUGGAAUCAGGUCUGGGGCAUGGGUUUCCAUUACGGCACCGCCAACAUUUCGUUCGAAGAUGGCUGGGAUACAUUUGUACAAGAUUGGCUCGAGGGGAAUGUUGAAAAUGGAAAGUGGUUCGAUCAUGUGGCAUCGUGGUAUUCUCGUUCAAAARAAAUCGAUAGCGACGUCUUGCUAGUGCGAUACGAGGACUUGAAAGAAAAUACGGACGAAACAAUCCGUAAAAUAUCCAACUUUGUCGAUACCCCAAUGAGCGAUGACAUCAUGGCGCGAGUGAAGGACCUCACAAGUUUUGAGCGAAUGAAAGAGGCAGAUGAGAAAGACAUCGGUUUAAAAUUUAUGCGCUGGCUUGGGGUGUUACGAAAGCAUCAUAUUCGACAAGGAGAGACAGGCGCUGGUGAGCUGAAAUUGUCCGAAGAGCAGAAGAAAAUUCUCGAGGAACAGUACGAAUCCAAGUUAAAACCAUUGGGAAUGCCGAGGGAGUGGGUACUAUUUUUCUAAGAUGCAUGCAUAUCAUUUUUCGCGAGUUCGUUUCUAAUAGAGGAGAGUWUACGUAUGAUUGGUCGUCGUCCAUUUCAGCACCAAGCCCUCUUCCUAGUUGCGACAAUUUCCAAGAAAAGUGAAAUGUGUCUAGUUUAUUUGAAUUUUUUUUUUCGAUCGCAUUUUAUUUUCCCUCCUCAACAUCGGAAMAAGAAAWGAUUCUAUGAAGAGCAAAGAGAAUUUGGAAAGAUUCUUUUCCGCGGAAUCCAGAACAAAAUAGUUAUGGCUGAAACAUCUUGGAGUUAGRGCAAGGUGGACUCAAAUCUGUGCUCUAGCUUAUAGAGCCACU